AGAAAAUACAAGAGAGAAACGCAAAAAUUUAUUAAUAAUAAUUUCACAUCAUCUCUGCCUCUGCCAUGGCCACAAAUGCAGCAUCUGCAGCAGCAAGCAGCGGCGGCGGCGGCAGCAGCAACAACAGCAGCGGCUCUGCAACAUUGCCAUCGUUAUUUACUGUUAGCGCCACCGCUGCUGCCACUGCUGCAGCUGCAGCGGUUAGCAAGGAUAUGGAUGGACUGAUUGCCAUUAAUGAUAGCGCAUUAUCGCAACAAAUCGAAUUUAUCUUACAAGAUGCUCCCAUGGAGCAAGAUGAUCAUCCUCAUCAUCAUCAUCAACAUCAUCAACAGCAACAACAGCAUCAUCAUCAUCAACAACAACAACAUCAUCAUCAUCAGCAACAACAUCAUCGUCGACAGACGACGUCCCAAAUUGAUAGCAACAACCACCCACCGUCAACAGCAACAACAACAACAACUAGCGCUUCCUCCUACCAGCAACACCACCAGCAACAACAUAACAACAACAAUAACAAUCAACACAAGCAACAACAAAUUGACGAACAACAACAGUUGCUGAUGCAACACCAACAACAGCAACACCAUUUGCUCAAUGGACGUCGCAUCAUAAUACAAUCGACAGGCUCGGCGAAUCAUCAUCAUCAUCUCCAGCAGCAGCAGCAGCAUCAUCAGCAACAUCUUCACCAGCAGCAGCAACAACACAUCAAAGAAGAAGAACAGGACGAUGAUCCGGAAUUGAAUGAUGAAAAUCUGCAGGAUAUUGAAGAAGAAGACCAAGCAGCUGAAGCCGAUGAAGAGCCGGAUGAUGGAAAUACCACAGGAAGCACUGCAUCAGCCCAAGUUAAGCUAGAGCUUGAAGAUAACGAUGAGCCCGAUGAGGAUGAAGAAGAUGAGGAGGAGGAUGAAGAAGAAGAUGAGGAGGAAGAAGACGAUGAUGAUGUUGGUGUUAGUAGCAUGGAUAUGGGUGACGAGGAUGAACAACAGCAACAGCAAUUGGACUAUACAGAAACAGCACAAUCAACUGCAGCAGUAGCGGCACCACCACAACCACCGCAACAACAACAACAACAACAACAACUAGUGCAAUUACCCGCUGGCAGUAUAGUUAGUACAACAACAACACGAACAUUAGCCGUACCCGUAACGGAUAAUGCUUUAGUCCAUUUGCAAAGACGUCCGGUAUAUAUUAGCAAUGCAAUGGGUGGUACAACCACAUAUGUACGUAUGCCAGCAGCUGCGGUCAUAAGUCGCAGUCCAAUGACUGUUUUAAAUGUGGUACAACAGGCGAUGCCAAAUGCAACCACACAAUUGAUAUUGCAAACAACCCAACCAGCAGCAGCAGCAGCAGCAGCUACAGCAGCCGCACCGACUGUAACAAAUCCUUCGGUUUUACCUGUACAACCCACCAAUAAUGAUCAGCAGCAGCAGCAACAGCAGCAGCUGACCAUUAAUGCUCCUCCACCCCCAGCUCCAGCUGUUACAGUAACUAAACAACAUGCAUCAUCCACCACAUCAUCAUCAUCGAAUUCAUCGCAAUCGAACAACAAUAUGUCAACAUGCAACACAAGUUAUCAGUGUGUUGAAUGCGUUGAGAAAUUCGAUUCGAAAGAACUAUUCGAUAUACAUCGCAGUGGACAUGCAAAUAAUAUGAAAUGUGCCAUCUGUAAUAUGGUAUUGAAAUCAUUGAAAAACUAUGAGAAACAUUGUCUACGCUGUAAACCGUAUGAAUGUCAGAUUUGUGGUCGCGUUGUACGCUUUCGUCCCAAUUUCAUAAAGCACAUGCGUGUCCAUACGGGUCAGCAAUCGGAGAGGCAUAAAUAUAAAUGUGAAGUAUGCCACAAGGAGUUUAUGAGUUUCGAAUACUUUAAAGUCCAUAAAAAGAUACACAAUGAGAAUGUCAAUUUGACAUGUGAGAUAUGUGGCAAGGUGUUCAGUGCAUUGGCAUCGCUUAGAGGUCACUCCAAAUUGCAUUCGGGCGUUAAAUUGCACAAGUGUGAUGUGUGUGGCAAGGGUUUUGGUCAGCGUUAUAAUUUAAAAAUUCAUGCACGCACCCAUACGGGUGAUUUUCCGUUUGAAUGUAAAAUCUGUAAAAAGAAAUUGCAUACACAAUCGUCGCUGCAAACGCAUAUGCAGGUGCAUUUAAGGGAUCAGCCGGCGUCUGGUAAAGCACAACAAACAACGGCAACAACAGCAGCAGCAGCAACAACAACGGCGGCAACGGCAACAGGGACCGGAGCAACACGUGGCAGUCAAAGCAGCAGCCCAGCCACCAGCAGCAGCAGCAGCAUUGGCAGUGGCAGUGGCAGUGGGCCAGCCAGUAUUGUAAAAUUGGAACCAUCCAAUGAAUUGGAUAGACCUGGUACCAGUAAUCAGCAGCAGCAACAUCAUCAUCAACAUCAACAAAUGGACCUCGAUGAUCAUUCGGCGGGUCUAAGUGAUGAAGAUGAUAGUGGUGUUGGUAUUGUCAAUUCCUCGCAUAUUGUGGCAGCAGCAGCAGCAGCGGCAAGAACAACACCAGCAGCAGUAACAACAACAACAACCACCAAUAAUAAUCUAAAUAAUAAUCGUUUAAUAACCACCGGUGAGGAUUCUUCCAAUGAGGAUUCCUCAAAUGCCUCGCUACAUCAUCAGCCACACUCUUCAGCCAGCUCUUCAUCGCAAUCUCAGCCAGCUGUGGCAGCAUCUCAUGCGCAGCAGCCACAACAACAACAACAACAAUAUCUCGUAUCUGCACCCACGCGAACAAUUGUCAUUAAGAAUUAUAUGCAACAACAGCAACAACAACAGUCCAACAACGCACAUCAUCAAAACGUAUCUGUUGUAACCUCAGAUCAAACACCUGUGCUGCAUACGCAGGUCAUUCAGAGCGGUGCAGGCACCACCAGUAGUGGCAGCAAUAGCAGCAGCAGUAACAGCAGCAGCAAUAGCAGCAGUAAUAGCAAUUGCAGCACUCAGGCUCAUAACAAUCUUGCCCAGCAAUUGCUACGCAAAACGCCCAUAAUACAUCAUUCAACAACAACAACAACAACAACAAGUGGUGCUGGAACUCUUAGCUCAGCCUUGGCCAGUGUGGUGCAACAGACAACGGCUGGAGGAGUUGGCUCACCUGCUCAGUCACCGUCGUCGUCAUCGCAAUCGUGUUCCUCAUCCACGGUACUUGUGUCAAAGGCUACUGGUGUGCCGCUAUCAAUUGCCUCAUCGGCAGCAGCAGCUGCCAUGGGUGGUUCAACAAUCAUAAGGAGUACACGGAAUCAUCAUUUGCAGCAGCAGCAGCAGCAGAGCAACUGCAGCGGGAAUGGAACGGGAACGGGAACGGGUCAACAGCAGCGCUUGGCUGGCAGCGGAACUCAGCGUAAUAACCACCGAAAUCACCACCGACGUCGUCAUCUGGCCGAUAUGGAUGAUGACGAGGAUGAUGAUGAUAAUAAUGAUAAUGAUAAUAUUGAUGGUCAGCAGCAGCAGCAGCAUCACCACAAUCAUCAUAACCAUCAUCAUCAUCAUCAUAAUCAUCACAAUCAUCAUUUUGAUGACGAUGAUGAUGAUGAGAAAUCGUCCCCGUCCCUGGCAACAGCUGCCAUUAUUAAAGUUGAACCGAAUCUAUAUUCAUCCGGCUCCGGUGACAAUUCCAAUGAUAUGUUCAUCAAGGAGGAGGUCAUGUUUGAAGAUUCAGCUGCACCGCAUUCACCACAAUCGCCGCCAAGUUCGAAAUUUCGUAUAUCGAAUUUCGAUACAGAUCUUGUGGAUCAUCAUGUCGAUUUGAAUCAUUCACUACCGCCAUAUGGUAAUCUAUUUGAGCCCCAUACAAUACCCGACAGCAUACCCGUUCAACUCUAUCCGGAUGAUGAUGAUGAUUUCCGUUUGGAUCACAGUUCAUUGGGUGGCCUACACAAUACAUCAUCAUCGACGACCGAUGGGGAUUUCAUUAAAAAGGAAUGGGUAUACGGCAGCGGGACGACAAGUAGCUAUGCCAUGAAUGGCAAAUUCGAUGAUGACAGUGAUGCAUUAUGCGAUGCGGCCAAUUUUAUCUACAAUUGAGAGGCGGCGGCGACCGACAAGGACAACAAGGAUCACGAAAAGGAAAACGGUCGUCCAGAACGAACUACUACUGGCAGAGAAUGUGUGAAUGGUGGCAAUGUCCUUAGACGUGUACACGAUGCGGCCAUGUGGACUAGUGAGUGUGGUGGAUGUUGAAUGAUAAUAACAAGAACAAGAAGAAGAAGAAGAAGGAGAUGAAUGUUGAAAUGGAAGAUGUGAAUCGGAGGAGAAAUAAGUGUUUUUGUAGUUUAUAUCUAUAUAUGUAUGUAUAUAUAUAUAUAUAU